UGUGACGUACAGCGGAGAACAGAACAGCAUGGCGAGUAAAGACCCCGAGGGUUUUCUGCAGCAGCUGCGCCAGAUUGCCGGCAGGAUGGGGUCUGGCCCCCGAGGUGCUGGGCUGGGCUUGAAGCUGCUCAUCGGAGCUGGAGCUCUUGCCUACGGGGUUAAACAAGCAACAUACACGGUGGAUGGUGGUCAGAGAGCCAUUAUCUUCAACAGAGUUGGAGGGAUGCAGAUGGACACUGUGCUUUCAGAGGGACUGCACUUCAGGAUACCGUGGCUCCAGUACCCCAUCAUCUAUGAUAUUCGAGCCAGACCCAGGAAGAUUUCUUCCCUCACUGGAAGCAAAGAUCUUCAGAUGGUGAACAUAGGACUCCGUGUGCUGUCCCGCCCCAUUGCCUCGAACUUGCCGGUCAUGUACCAGCAGCUGGGUAAAGACUACGACGAGCGUGUGCUUCCUUCUAUCGUCAAUGAGGUGCUCAAGAGCGUGGUGGCCAAGUUUAAUGCGUCCCAGCUUAUUACACAGAGAGCUCAGGUGUCACUGCUCAUCAGGAGAGAGCUAAUCGAGAGAGCUAAAGACUUUAACAUCAUCUUGGACGAUGUGGCCAUCACAGAGCUCAGCUUCAGCAAGGAGUACACCGCCGCUGUAGAGGCCAAACAAGUCGCUCAGCAGGAGGCCCAGAGGGCACAGUUCUACGUGGAGAAGGCCAAACAGGACCAGAGACAUAAGAUUAUCCAGGCUGAGGGUGAAGCUGAGGCUGCUAAAAUGUUGGGCCAAGCUGUUACGAAGAAUCCUGGCUACCUAAAACUCAGGCGCAUCAGAGCUGCCCAAAGUAUUGCCAAAACGGUGGCAACCUCUCAGAAUAAGGUGUACCUGAGUGCAGACAGCCUGGUCUUGAACCUACAGGACGACUACUUUGACAAGCUAUCAUUGGGGAAAUGAGAAGCGUCAUCCAUGGAGAACAUGCAUUCCAUAUGUUAGUAGUGUUUGCUGAGCCUGUAGAAUUAUGCCCUACUUCUAAAUGUGACUGUCCCUGAGCAGAGCCUCUCUCUGCAGUACUGUCGGGGCUCAGAUAAGACUUGGGCUGGGCACACUUACGCAUUCACAUGUUCAUGCAUACCCAUUUAUACACAGCUGUUUGUAAUUUAGCAGGUGUUUUGAUUGAUUGGCUGGUGGUUUAAGCUCUAGAAUUGGCACUGUGGUAUCAGGUGGCAUUAAAAUGCUUAGUGAUCACAAAACACAGAUGGGCUUUUUUAACCUUUUGAAACAAUCAUUUCAACAUGUUAUAAGUGAAACUCGUUUAUUCCUAGAUGUCAUAAUGAAGAUAUAGUGUUGCCAGGGUCUGGCGGUUUUCUGCCCAGUUGGGCUAUUUUGAAAAUGCAAUCAGAGGUUAAAUUAAAAUUUCAUGGGUUGCUUUUUUGUUUUUGGGGGCUACUUUUAAAAUGUACAACAGUUUUGAUGGUAGACUCUAGAAAAAUGAAAAUGCAACAUCUUAUUGAUGUGUGUAAUGAUAAAUGGAUUAAAUACUUGGCCACUGCAAGCAGCGUCAAAGCGUUAGGGAUAGGCGAUAUCACUCAUUUUGUUUUCAAUCCGAUACCAAGAACGUUUAAGGCCAUUGUCGUCAAUACCAGUACUGAUGCCUUUAUUAAAUUGUUUUGCAAACUCUUAUGAUAAAAUAGGUUAUUUUAAAUACCCUAAAAAAUAAAUACCCUUGUUUCCUGGGCAAUACAAACGUUUAAGAGGCUGGGGAGAGUCAGUCAUCCAGAUUUUUGUUAAAAAAUAUGCAAAUGCUCAUAUCUUUCCAAUGUUAAUUAUUUUUAUCAUUUCUACACUCUGUAAAAUUUAAAAUAAAUGCAAAAACUUAAAACAAACAAAAAAAAACAUGGAAAUGAAUUAUGUUGUCCCUAGUUUGGUGGAUAUUAUUUUUAGGUAUCUUAUUUUCUUGCCCUUUUUAGGCUUUAAUAAACUUGUAGCAAACAUCACACAAACCCAUUAUAAUAAAUGUCAUAUUUAGAUUUCAUUAAAUGUGAAUUAACUCCAGAUGCUAUUUAUUUGUUUAUCUGCCAAGCACUGCUCCCUCUUGUUUGAAUGAGUGCUGUCUGUGACCACUUGACCUCUUUCAGUGUUUCUGCGCAUUUUUUUUUUUUUUUAAAUCCUAUGUAACUAUUUGCUUAUAGCAAUUAUUCCUUUUUUUCACUUUGAAGCGCAUGAUAUGCAUUAUAUUCAUGGUAAAUUAAGUAAUUUCACCCAAAAAAAUAUAUAACAAUUUGUUUGUAAAGAUUAAUAUUCUCGAUACAACAGAAGUUUCAGAAAUAACGAGCAAAAGCAUCAUCUUUCAAUCCGCACAUUUUCAGCUGUGCACCAGAAUCAACACAGUUGGGAACAUCUUGUCAAAACAUGUAACAUUUAAAGCAUGUAAUACAUUGCCCACAGUUGUAUCUCCUGUGUGAAUACAUUUAUGGUGCACCUAAGUCUACGCUAUUAAAAAGUCUAUGUAAUUCAGUCUAUUUUCUUGGUAUAUAUAUAUAUGUGCUAGCAGAUGCGACUUAUGUGGCGAACUUUGCAGUGUGAAGAUGGACAGCUCUAGAUUAAGUAUAGAUGAGUCACGUCUGCAUUGAAAACUUGUUGAGAAUUUAUGAUGUUGAGGAACAGCAGUUAGAAAAAACAAGUAAAUGGGUAAAAUAUACAACAAUGUAUUGCAGGGAUGCCACACGUCCUGUAAAACCUUGAAUUUUGUAAUGCUAUUUUCCAGUCCUGGAAAAGCA